ACGAAUCUAGUCGACUGUAGAAUAGAUUUGAAUAACGGGAUAUAAACACAAAGUGAGAGUGAGAGAGUAAGGGGUUAAGUAGUUACAAAUGGAGGUGGCUACUUAGAUACAGACAACAAGACGCCUCUUGUUCCAUGAAAUACACUAGACUAGAUGUAUUUUAAUGUGCAAAAGUAUAUACGGAAUCAUCGUCGUCACUGUCAUCUUCAUAUCUGCCUGCCUGCAUAUUAAAGCAACGGCUCCGAUUCCAUAGCUUUGAUUGCAAUCCACCGCAAAUAUAUUAUUAUGGCUUCAAAAAAUGACAACAGACCCAUUUCAAACAAUGCCAGUACUAGGUCCGAUGAAGAAGGGUUUGUAAACAGAAGGAGACAUUCGAUCGGCGGGGGUUCGAAGAUGGCGGGGCCCGCUCAUGGUAUCAGAAACAAUAGACAAGUUUUUUCAGUUGUAAAUGGGGGCGCCCAAGAUCUAGCUGCGACCAAUGGUAGUAAUGCCGGCUCCGAUUACGGCGGUGACUUCACCAAAGACGAGGUUGAUGCGUUACUCAACGAGAAGAUGAAAACCAAAAACAAAUUCAAUCUCAAGGAAAAAUGCGAUCAGAUGAUGGAGUAUAUUAAGAAGCUUAGGCGUUGUAUUAGAUCAUUCCAACAACUUGAAGGAAAUUAUCUCUUUGAGCAGGACAGGCUAAAUAAUUUGUUGGAAUUAGCACACAACAAGUUCACUGAUAUGGAGUUGCUAAUGAAUUCCAAGGAGGAAGAAUUCAAUUCAAUCAUUGUGGGAUUGAGAAAAAAUCACAUGUCAUUACAGGAGAAAGUUUUCGAGGAGGAAUCAAAUAAGCUGGCUGCAUUGGAAACUCUGAACAAAGAGAAAAUGGAGAGGGCUUCUGCGGAGAGGUUGCAAACUUCACUAUCAGAAGAGCUUGCAAGGGCUCAAAGAGAGAACUCAAGUGUAGCUCAGAAGAUUAUUUCGCUGACCGAUAUGUACAAGAGACUGCAGGAGUACAAUACCAGUUUGCAAGAUUAUAACAGUAAACUGCAGAAAGAACUUGCUACUACUAAUGAGACCCUUAAGCAGGCAGAGAAAGAAAAAUCUAUUGUAGUGGAGAACCUGAGCAACUUGAGAAGCCAGUACAAUUCUUUGCAGGAUCAGCUUACUUCGUCCAGAGCUUCUCAAGACGAGACAAUGAAACAAAAUGAAGCAAUAAUCAAUGAAAUUGGGUGUUUGAGAGGAGAUCUGCAGAAAACUAGGAUUGAUCGGGACCAGCUAGAAUCAGAACUGGAGGCUGUAAAAAACGAACAUGUGAAAUACAAAGAAUGUGCCAAAAAAUCAUUUGCUGAGUUGGAAAUAUUAAAAUUGAAGUCAAAUGAACUUGAGGUCAAAUGUUCAUCUGAUAAUGAUCAGAUCAGAAAAUUAGAGGACCAUCUUGCUGCUGCUGAGAAGAAACUGCAGAUGUCUGAUAUGUCCGCAAUGGAAACUAGAAUGGGAUUUGAAGAUCAAAAGAAAAUGAUUCUUGAGCUACAAAGUCGUCUAGCCACUUCAGAAUUAAAAAUUGUAGAUGGAGAAAAACUUCGUAAGAAGUUGCAUAAUACCAUAUUGGAGUUAAAAGGGAAUAUUAGAGUUUUUUGUAGGGUGCGACCCUUGUUGACCGAGGAUGGCAUUGUAACAGAAGAAAACAUUGUUACUUAUCCUACAACAACAGAAGCACUUGGUCGGGGAAUUGACUUGAUUCAACAUGGACAAAAGCAUUCUUUUACAUAUGACAAAGUGUUCAUGCCGGAAGCCUCACAAGAUGAAGUGUUUAUUGAAAUAUCACAGCUUGUGCAAAGUGCUCUAGAUGGCUAUAAGGUUUGUAUAUUUGCUUAUGGUCAAACGGGUUCCGGUAAGACCUAUACAAUGAUGGGCAAGUCAGGAAGUUCAUCAAAUAAAGAAGGACUUAUUCCCCGAUCAUUGCAACAGAUAUUUGAGACUAAACAGUCACUUGAGCAGCAAGGAUGGAAAUAUGAUAUGCAGGUAUCUAUGUUGGAAAUCUACAAUGAAACUAUACGUGACUUGUUGUCAACAAAUCGAUCAUCUGUUGAUAUGUCAAAACAAUACAUUAUAAAGCAUGAUACAAGUGGCAAUACGCAUGUCUCGGAUUUGACUAUCAUAGAUGUUCGUAGUAGUAGAGAGGUUUCAUUUCUUUUGGAUCGAGCAGCACAGAGCAGGUCUGUCGGAAAAACUCAAAUGAAUGAACAAUCUUCAAGAAGUCAUUUUGUCUUCACUCUACGGAUAACUGGUGUCAAUGAGAGUACGGCACAACAAGUACAAGGUGUCCUAAAUUUGGUUGACCUUGCUGGUAGUGAACGUCUCUCUAGAAGUGGCUCUACUGGAGAUCGGCUGAAAGAAACACAGGCUAUUAACAAGAGUUUAUCGUCUUUAAGUGAUGUCAUAUUUGCCCUUGCAAAGAAGGAGGAGCACAUACCAUAUAGAAACUCAAAGCUUACUUACCUUCUCCAGCCUUGCCUAGGUGGGGAAUCAAAGACUUUGAUGGUUGUCAAUGUUUCUCCUGAUCAAUCCUCGGUGGCUGAAUCACUCUGUUCUUUACGUUUUGCUGCCAGAGUCAAUGCUUGUGAAAUUGGCAUUCCUCGGCGCCAAACAAACAUGCGAGCUUCAGAUCAUCAUCGCUUGAGUUAUGGCUAAGCAGGGAUGAUGUUAAUGGAGAAAUCUGCAUGCUGUGUAUGCACAUGGAGUGUAGGGAUUAACCUAGAAUCAAUUGCAUAUCUAACAUAAUCUGCCUCUAUUAUUGUAUAGAAGAUCUGGCAUUUAGUUUGUACGAGUGAAAAAUAAAAUGCUUAUAUUUUUCAUUUAAUAUGUGUUUAAAAGGAAAUGUAGUUUAAGAAAUCAAUUCUUCAAUUCUAGUGUUCA